UUUGGUUUGUUAUAUAUGAUAUAUGGUUGUUUAUAGCUUUUCCUGUUGAAUUAUUGAUUACAUUAAGAAGUGUUUAAUUUGGGCAGUUUAAAUGUGUACAUUAGUUCCACACAAAGCAUGUUGCAUAAACAUAUGUUAAGUAAACAUACAUAAUAGUUGUGUAGUAAUUUAAUUAAUUAUUGUAGAUCUGGGGGUGGUAUGGUGGUGCUGUCGGUAGCUCUGCUCUCAAAUUUCUGGGUUUCUUCUACAGUCCAAAGGUGCUGUUCUGGUGAGUGCCUCUCUCUCUGCGGCCUGUCCAGGGUGUAUCCUUCCUUCCGCCAGUUGAUUACCAGAGUUGGAUCCGGCUCCCCUGUGACCCAUAAUAGAUUAAGGAUUAAUAGGUGAAGCUACUGGAUGCUUAAAUAAAAAAAAAAACAAAGUUUAUUUCCACCUUUCCUCAAAUAAAGUUACAAUUAUCAAAAAAAACGCUGACCACGGUAAGAAAACGAUGUGCUUCCACAGCUGAUGGCUCCUAACAAACUUUCCCCAUGCACUGGCUAAUUCACUGCUUUUCCCCCAAAAUAGCAUUUCUCUUAAAGAGACAGUACUCAUUUAUAUUAUGACUGCAGUACCACAUUAUGAACUAACACAUAAAUAAGAAAAACGUAUUUACCUUGUUCAAACCUAAAUAUUACACAAACUGAAAAUGUCUCAAUCAAUAACAAAAAAAAUCUUAAACCAAGAGCAACAAAAAUUAAAUUACUGAUAAAUAGACAUAAAUAACAGCUUUGAUCAAUUUUAGUACUUGGCCCAUAAACACUGCAGCCCCUAAUUGUAUUCUAUCAAUAGAAAUAGUUAUCUUACAUAAAAUGAAACCCUGUGUAAACAUUAUUAUAGACUUAUAAUAUAAAGAAAAAGCUAAAAUUGUCUGGUGUCAGAGGUUACCAGGACUUGACACACCGUAGGAGUGCAGUCUCACUGCCUCAUUUUGCUUGAAGAAGACAAAUUUUAGUGAUGUCAAGCUCACUGGCACUGGUCUUGACUCGAACACUACGAACAAUUCAACCAUAAUGAUGAUUAAUUAAUUAAUUAAUGUAGAUUUGAUGCACACAUCUUAAUAAGUAUUUACUCUUACCAGGGUAGCAUACAUUAAAUUUUAUGGAUGGUUUAUGAGUAUGCUUCUUUACAUACAAGUGUAUUUCCAUUACAUACAAUAUUUACAAAUGUUCUUAGACGCCAUAUUAUCCAUGAUUAUCCUGCACUAAGGUAAGAUUUGUUUGUACUUUUUCAUGUGACUGCAAGCAUUUUCAUAAACUGCACUUGACUAAUGUGUGAUUUGAAUUGUAAACACAGGUGGUCAUUUUGCUGUAGGUUCAAAAGUGGAGUUAUGCAUUCCCCUAUUAGUGUACAUCAUUCACCUCAAAGUGUGGUGCUUAAUCCAUCUUUGUGAGCUUCUGUAACAUGUUCUAUAACAAGUUCUCAGGAAUCUCUUUUGCUCAAGGGUGACACAUUGCAAUAUGGUGGCACACUGCAUUUAUUUGUGAAUAAAUGUAAAAAAAAACCCUCAAAACUCAAAAUCUGUAACUUGAUUUUAAUGUGCAGUUGUGUGUGUGUGUGUUGCAAAGCUUUUGGAUGGGAUGUGUACCACCAGAUGGAGGUGUUAGUGAACAGCUUAUCACAGUGACUCAAAUCGUCAAGUUUAAUUAAUCAUUUGUAAGAAAGGUGGAGUAUAAACAACUGCUUUGCAUCCUAUUAGUUGAUGUUGAAUGAGGUGAUGGCAGAGACACGUUUCUUUAUGGAAUAAUGUGUUGGAAGUAACACACUUUUAGAUUGUGUGAUGCUGAGAAUAGAAUAACAGAAUAACCAAAAUGUUUCACAGCAUCCAUUGGAGUUUCUCUAUAUCAAUUAGUCUUAAAACGUUUCAGUCAGUUAAUGUGCCUCUCUCUCUUUUCAGCAUUUUUAUGGACAUAUUUUUUAUCUUCUGUCUCUCUCCAGUGUCAGAACAGCAGCGACUUAAACCGCCUCUUCUUGUUUUACUAGGAUCACUUGUUGGGUGCAACACAGCUCUUCAUUUUUUCACUCUUUUGUUUGUUCUCAGUGAUUUUGCUAACUCUUUGUCGGAGACAGACAGUUAUUCUUUUUAUUAUUUUACAGCACAGUGUUUGCUGUUUACCAUGAGAGUCAGUAUCACCUCCUGCCUUUGGCUGAACGUGUUCUACUACUGUCAGAUUGUUCCUGCUCGACAUCCUUUCCUCAUCAUGCUGAAAAGGAAUAUCAGACUGUUUGUCUAUUCUGCUUUAAUCAUUGAUAAAUUCUUCUUUUUGGAGGAGUUCAUUGUUUAUAUUGCAUCCUAUCUGAUACGUCUAUACAGAAAACCUGAGAUAUAUAAUUCUACAUAUACAAAUAUGGUAACUAAUGCUUUAAUAGUUGACAUAUGGCUAAGACUAGUUUAUUUCUUCUUCAGUGUAUGUAUGAUGUUGGCAUCAGGCUGUGCAACUAUUUCAUACCUGCGGAGACACAUGAGGAACAUGGAGAAGAGCAGCAGAUCUUCUGCACGUCUUCAGUCACAGUUGAGAGUGACCAUCACAGGCAUCAUACAGACUCUUCUUUAUUUGCUUUGCUCAGUCUGGCUAAUCCUUGAUGAUGUUGCUUUUUAUCUUACUACUGCAGACUUUGACCAAAAAGCUUACAUUUUUUACACUGUAAUUUCAUUAUAUUCUUUUGGAACAAACAUUAAUUUGGGUGUUGGCCAGACAGUUUUCCGGGAGCAGGCGAUUCUCAUUUGGCAAAAACUUUUUGGAAGCUUCCUGGAUUGAAUGAACCAAAUUCCAUGCCUUCCAUCUGCUACAUUUUUAUGUUUAAGUGGUGCUUUGCAUUAAUAGAAGUUUGUGUGCUUCUUUAUUUCAGCAUUUCUGCUAUUUUUAAUACUUCUUAUGUGUAAUUUUCAAUACUUUUCAAAUUAUUUUGAUACAUAUUUUAUUAUUGCAUGUUUUAUUUUCACUUACUUCUUUAUUCUUUGUGUUUUUGUUGUCUGUUGAAAUUUGUCUGUUUAUUACUAAUGUAUGAAAUAAUAAAGUAUGUUAGUAGAAGUAGUGUUACUGCAGUAUAAUAGAAAAUGUAUGGAUUGUGGAUUAUCCACCCUCCGCAUGAUGCAGGUGAAAAUGCCAUGUAGCUGGUGUUUUAUAACCUUUUCUCAUCAGUAAAACAUAUCUGCUGUAUCUUAUAUCCUGUGCGCUUUUUGUGCUGUUAGUAUACAUAAAUCUGGAAAGACUUGUUAUUAAUUUAGAUAUAUAUCGUACUUUGUUAGUUAGUGUAGUUUAGUUAAGGAUUAACAGAUUAUUUUGCAAAGGAUAACCCAGUAGUGUUAAAGACAUUAUUCCAAUGUAAUAUUUGAUUUUGCACAAAAUAAAGCAAA